AACCGAGGGCAAACGGGAUGUGCUGAUCACAGCCGCUCGCUGCCUUACUAGCAAAAAAACCAGAUACCGCUUUUUACUGCAGUGGUCUUUUUCGACGGGGAGAGCAAAUGUCCCGAGGACACAGCCUUCUCCUGGGUUGGGGGAUGGGGUUCGCCCCUGGGACCCCGAGGCGGGGCAGGACGGGAUGAGACGGGGCUCCCGGGGGGAGAGCUGCCGCCUCUCCGAGGCUCUCGAACACGUUUACUCCCUUCCUCCCUUCUCCCAGCUACUUGGCUGUGAGUAACCAUCCCUCUGGCCGCCGUUCCUGUGGGCGUUUACAGAUUUGAGGUGGGUUUUUGGAGGGAAAAAAAGAAAAUAUCCUAAUUGCCGGGAAGGAGAGUGGCAGCUCCGGGAGACAGAGGAGCAGAGAGGAAGAAGAUCCUGGCUGCCUCCAGCUAUUAUUGCAGCCGGUGCUAGAGACUUUCUCUGCCUUUUCUGACCGAGAAGAUCCCCCCCAAGGUGCCGGAUUCACCAAGCAGUUGCCUUCUGAAGCUUGUGUGAAGACAGAAGUCAACAGGGACAAGGAGUGGUUACAGGAGCUGGUCGCUAGAAGCGUAUGAAGUCUUCAAAAGUUGGAGAAGAUUCAGUGAAGGUCACGGAGAACUGGUGAAUCCAGCACAGGGAUACAGCCAGUGGCUCAGAGGACUCUGAGGUGCUGUCUGGGAAGGUGAAACAGAUUUUCCCUUCCAAAAUGACACUCCGAGCUCUGGUUUUGUGCUUGGCUUGUGCUGGGCUUGGAAAAGCAAAUGUGGUUCCACAGGCUGAACACAGAAAUGUAAGGGUGGGCGACAAUGUGACGUUGAGCUGUGCCCUAACAGAACCCAAGAACGUUCUGCAAGUGACGUGGCAGAAGGACUCCGAAAAAUCACACAAUAAUAUAGCUACAUACAGCACCAUAAAUGGAUUAAAGAUUCACAAGCCCUAUCAAGACCGAAUGAAUUUUACGAGUCUAGUACUCAAUAAGACAAGUAUUAUUAUUUGGGACACUAGAAUGGAUGAUUCUGGCUGUUACACAUGUCUCUUCAAUACUUUCCCUUAUGGCUCCUUCACCGGACGCACCUGCCUGAGUGUCUUUGGUCUUAAUGCGUCUGUCCAUUACAACAUUUCCGAAGGUCGUUUGAUAGCCAUCUGUAAUGCUGUUGGCUUCCCAGAGCCUACCAUCACCUGGAACAACUUGUUCAAUUCUACUCCUACACAAGAGACAGUUAGGCACACCAAUGGGAUGGUGUCCAUCACCAGUAAACUGGAAAUCUACAGCACACAGAGCAUUGGUGCACAGGGCUUGACCUGCAAAGUAAGCAACACAAACGAAAAAAUUGAAUUGCCAGUGAAAAUGAAAGGAGAAGAGGGUUCCUCAUUGCUUUGGUUGAUGAUUACUGUGGGGAUUUUAAUUGUCAUCAUAGUUCUAAUUCUGAUCACACUGUGCUGGAGGAAGAGGAUAUGCAGAAGGGGUUGAAGUGGAUCCUAGAAGAUUUCCUUUCGGUUACUAGAUUGUUACAGCCCAGUAUCCUGAAGUCAACAUUACAAGAAGUUACUUGACUGUCUGGAAAGAAACAGCAGUAAAGGAGAAAUACAUCACAUACACUACCCUAUCAAGACACCACUGAAAAGACUAGCACAAUGUUUGUUAUCCAGUCUGGACACUUAAUCAUAAAAAGUAGGACCAGAGGGACCACUUAGAUCUCUCCUCUGCUGCCAGGCAAAAUCUACUUUGCUCACGCAACUAUUGGUACUGCUAUUGUGCAAAAAGUAUUUGCCUUCUUCCAAUUAGGUUUUUUCAGCUCUGCUCUUUCAGUGCCUGCCUAAUUACUCUUGCAGUAAAGAGGAGUUUAAUUUUUACCAACAUAUAUCUGCAGUUUCACUUGCAGUAACACUGAGUUCAUCGCCCUCUUCCUAUCAUCCUUUUUUCCUUCUCUAUCCAGCUGGUCCAACUCCUUGUCCUCAGUGAGUGAGUGAAUGUGUCAAGAACUGUAUUGCUUAACUCCCUCUGGAGAGACCUGCUGGACUCAAAACAACAGGUUUCAAACCACACCAAAUCUGCCAAAAUUAUUAGAGAAGAGCAAUAAGGCUACAAGCAGUUGGCAGAUUAGAGGCAGUAGCAGCCACAACUGGGAAGGAUGCGUUAUGAGUACUUUAUUUUAUUUGGCUUUUCUUUCUAAUCUUGGAGUGGCAUUUUUUUUUUCACAUAUAAGUGAGAAUGAGAUGGAAGCAGAGCCCAGUAAUGGAGGUAUUGGCAUCCCCAUGUUUCCUGUAUGUUUUACUGUCAUUCUCUCUGUAUUCUCCAAAACAAUUCUUUUAAUACCCCAGCCUACUUCUUCCUUAGCUGUCAAAAUGCAUGGGCUGGCUUUUUCAGUAGUUCUCAUGGUCAUCUUAUACACUAUUUGGAGUAGUGUCCUUGUCUUCAUCCUUUUUUUUUAUUGUCUUUUUAAACACAGACAAAUUGCUCUGCUGGUCAAAAUCUGUUUUCCCGUACUUGGAUCUUGUCGUGUGGGAUGUUAUGUGCUAACCGUCACGUGUCACUAUUGUGAAUGUAAUGACAUCCACCAGUGGGAAGUCUUACAGAGGCAUGCUUUGCCAUGAUUUUGAUAGCAGAUAAAGACAUUGCACUGCUCUUAUGAGUCAGGACCUAAUUCUGCUCCUGCCCAGGUAGGAUUGGAGCUCCUCUCCCCCCUGUCCCUGCCCCUACCUGGUCCUUGCUGCCUGCCCAGGCCUGCUGAUCUGGCCAUUUCCAGGCUUAACGCUCUAGUUGUGUGUCCGCACUGUUUGCUGUGCAGCAUCAGGCUGCUUGUGAGCGCAGAGUGUUCCUGAGCAUUGCCUUGCAGCAUAUUGUAUUUGUGAAGGGUCAGAACCUUCGCAUGCCCUCUGCCUCCUGGCACCUGUCAGGGCUCUGUGUCUGCUUAACAGGGUGAAGGCUGCUAAAACGAGCCUACCUCUGGGCAUACUGACUUUGUGGCCCAUUUUACUGACGAAUUGGAGGACGGCACAGUGGUCUUCUGGUGAUUUUUGUUCUGAUGACGACUGCUAAUGCUUAAGGUGUUUCUCAGUCUUCCUUCUAUGUGAGUGCUUGUCAUCCUAUUGAGGUUGCUACCAGCAUCCUCUUCUCUUUUGAAUUCAAUUAGUGUUUGUUUGUGCAACUGAGACGUUCUAUCUUACAGUGCGUAAUGUUUUGAAUUGUGCUUUUAAUGUCAUAUGUCUUCGAAGAGUACAAAUGGCCAGUCUAAAAAGAUCAACAGAGAAGAUUUAGCAGAUACGAGACUUACGACUAAGUGUUCAUAACCAGAAUUUUGUUGGUUCCACAGCAAUGGCUUUUCUAAAGUCUGAUAAAAAGUUGUGUGUGUGCAUACAUAUCGGCAUGUACUAUUGAGAGUGCGAGGGGUGAUGUUUGCUGUUGUAGAUGCAAUAUGAAUUAUUUAUUUAUAUAGAUUCACAUUUUCUGAUUAAAAAAACAAUCUGAUCUAGCAAAAACAUAAACUGUCCAUUUUUUUCCUCUGCUUAUUUGGGACAUCAAAAAUGUCUCAUUGCAAGUUGAUUUUUUUUUUUUUUGUAGUUUUGAUUUAUAUUUUGCUUCCUUUUUGUGUAGAAAGUGAGAUUUCAGGUUUUUUUGGUAGGGUGGCAUAAAUUUAUAGAAGUAUUUUUGACCACAGCAGUUGCAGUUUACUUCAGAUUUGAAAAUAAAACCAGUCAAGCAAAAAAGUAUAUUUUAUAUUUUUAAGGGUAUUGUGUGUGUGUCAUGUUUGUAGCUUAAUUAUUCUUUAUCUGGAGUUGUGUUCUACUGAUGUAUUGACUUUUUUCUGUAUUUGUCUUUGCUGAAAAGAAGCCAAAUAAAGAA